AGGUGUUUCGAUCAUGGCUGUAAUGGCAGGUCGUUCUCAUCAAGAAGCAAUCUCAGACGACACCAGCGGGAACGAGCACGUCUGACACGAAUCCUACCGUGUCCGCUGUGCGGGGCCAAGUUCUACAGACGCUGGACCAGAAACCAACAUGUUCUGCGAGCCUCUUGCCUCCAG